AUUUAGGAAUCCGUCGAAAAAUAAAUCACCGGUAUCGGAUAUGUAGUGGGACUCGGUUAUGAAUUUUAUUUGUAAGAUUAUCUCUUACUAAUUAGUAUUAUUAAAAAUUUCAUGUUUUGUGCGUGAAAUCUCACUACUUUCUACUCCACAUGUAAUGUAACACAACACAACUAUUUAUCAAUUCCAGAAUCAUCGACAAACCCUCAAAAUUUCCGAUCCCAAUUCCAAAUAUUCGAUCAUCAAACCAUGCGGGAAGCUCCGGUCCACCCCCCGAAGCAAGUAGCAGCCGCGCCGGAGGAAGAUGGAAGCGGGGAGCCCCUCCUCCGCCCCGCCGCCGCCGCCGGCGUCGGCGCGCUCCGGAAGAAGGCGACGGGAGUGAGGUCGUGGCUGCUUCUCGACUCCACGGGCCAGGCCCAGGUGGUGGAGGUCGGGAAACACGCCAUCAUGCGGCGGACUGGGCUGCCGGCCCGCGAUCUCAGGAUUCUCGACCCGCUCCUGUCCUAUCCCUCCACCGUCCUCGGCCGUGAGCGGGCCAUUGUCAUCAAUCUGGAGCAUAUUAAGGCAAUCAUUACGGCCCAAGAGGUUUUCCUGCUCAAUUCCAAGGACCCUUCUGUGAUUCCCUUUGUUGAUGAGCUUCAGAGGAGGAUUCUUCGCCAUCAUCAGGCCGUCAAAGCUCAGGAAGCUGGGGAUGGCGAGAAUGCAAACUGGACAAACUUGUAUGAUAUGGAAGGGCCUCAGUCAAUGCCCGUAAGUCCUCCGGAUAGCUCCAAAAACUUUCCUAAUAAAGAAGAGGGAGAAAAUGCAGAUGGGAAAGAACAAUCCGUGGAGAAUCGAGAUGGUCCGAAGCUGCUCCCUUUCGAAUUUGUUGCAUUAGAGGCAUGCCUUGAGGCUGCUUGCAGUUGCUUGGACAGUGAGGCAAGGACACUGGAGCAAGAAGCUCAUCCAGCAUUAGAUAAACUAACUUCAAAAAUUAGUACUCUCAAUUUGGAACGCGUCAGACAAAUUAAAAGUCGCCUGGUUGCUAUAACUGGUCGUGUUCAAAAGGUGAGGGAUGAGCUAGAGCAUUUGCUGGACGAUGAUGAUGAUAUGGCGGAGAUGUAUUUAACAGAGAAGCUAGAAGAACAGCUUGAGUCUUCUUCUGUUUCUAUGGUGGACGAGCAAGAUGAUUUGGAUGAGGCUGACUUGGAUGACAGGACACCCGCUGAAAUAUUGGAGGGCACUGAGAGUGCUUAUGCUGAUCGUCGGAACAUUAACAGUGAGGAGGCAUUGUUUGGUGGCCCUAACGCCCCAAGCAGACGCAGUCAUGGAACCCAUACUAGUACGCAUAGUGCCAUAAGCAAGCACCUUGAUGUGGAAGAGCUAGAAAUGCUCUUGGAAGCAUAUUUCGUUCAGAUAGAUGGUACACUUAACAAGUUAUCCACUCUGAGGGAGUACGUCGAUGAUACAGAAGAUUACAUCAAUAUUAUGCUUGAUGACAAGCAAAACCAUCUUCUUCAAAUGGGGGUUAUGUUAACAACAGCAACCCUUGUGGUGAGUGCCUUUGUGGUGGUUGCUGGAAUUUUCGGUAUGAACAUCAGAAUCGAGCUUUUCGAUGACCAAGUACAUGGGAUGAUGAGAUUUCUGUGGACUGUCGGAGGUGGCUCAGCCGGCACUCUCUUCCUGUACGUGAUUGCCAUCGCGUGGUGCAAACACAGACGGCUGCUGGAGUGACUCGCUCGAGGUUGGUUAGCCUAAUUUGUAUGAUAUCUUUUGCUUCACCUGCUCAAACGCAGAGAUAUAUAUUGCAAUGUUUUGAUAUUGUGUUUCUGUGUAUUUUCUGAGGCUGACUAAGGUUUUAUAUUGAUGGAUAACUGUGUUGCGAAUUAAUUUAGUUGUGAGCAUAUUUCUAUCACAAGUGACUUUCUCAAAACAUGUUCUUGAGAUGAAUUAAUAGGAGUAAUAAUAUAUAUAUUUAAAUAGAUAA